AUGAGAGCUAGAGGUCCUACAAAAGAACAAGAAUCAAUAGGGAAAUCUGUAGAUAAUAAUUCAGUUCAUAAAAGAAGAUAAGAAUUAUGGGAAAAGUAAAUGGGAUCAAAUUAAGUAUGUUAAGGAUAUGUUUCUAAUACUCAGGGAAGUGCUGAGUCAGGCAUAAAAUAGUUUUUGUCUUCAAUGAGGAAAAAUGGCAGUUUUCAAUAAAUAGAAAGUCAAUUUAGACCUAAUAUAACAGAAAAUGAAACUGAAUCACCCAAUAAAUCAUAACUGAAGGUGACAGACACUUAAUUAUUGACUCCAUUACAAAAACAUACAUAAAAGAACUAAACAACUUAUGAUAUUUUAUCUUAGAUCUAUGAAUUACAAAAUAGAAAGAGUAGAAAUCAAUCUUUAUUGGAAGAAUUAAUGAGAAAAACUAAAUAAGCAAAUGACAAUCUAACGUUUCAAAGAAUACUAUAAAGAAAAAAAUACUAUAAAAGAUCAUAGAGAUGUUAAUCAGUAGCAUAAAAGGAAUAUGAAUUAGAAUAACUAAAAGGUUAAUUGAUUUAAGUGAAAUAAGUUUAAGUUCAACAAAUUUAAAAGGAACAAACACCUAAGUAACAGGAUAAAUUAGUACCACUUUUAAUUAGAAAGGAGAAAACUAAAAGUCCACCUUCUAAAGAUAAUGAGAGAAAGAAAGUACAAGUUCCUAUAUGCAAAGCCAAAAAAAUAGUGAUUGAUGAUACUAGAUUUUGGGAUAUAGGAUUUACUAAAUUUAUAUAGAAUCCAAGUUAUUAGGAAAUAAAUUAAUUAAUUAAUUUCUGUAAUGGCAUACAAGUAAUUCCAGCGUUGCAUUAAAAAUAUUAUAAGUUAUUUGUAGGUAGAGGCAAUAAUCAUAUGAUGAUAAAAGGAAUAUUUAACUUAAGACCAUAAUGGAGUAUUGCAAAUUCAAUUGAUGAUGAUACUGAAAUUAAUUUUGUAUGGACUCAAAAAUUCAUAGAUUUACAACCUUCAGAAAUAAAACCAAUUCCUCAAACUAUAAUAUCUGAGGAAAUAAAUAGUUGGAUUGAUUCUUAAUAAAUGAGUUUGAUAAAAUAAGCUUGGGAUAAGGUUGAAGGAAAAUCAAAAAAGAAAUUAAAUGAAUAUAAUAUUGAUAGUCCACCAAUCUUAAAUAAUGUAAAUAUUUUAUUUAUGAAUUAAAGUUACAAAAUUAAAAAGAAUUAACUCAAUUAAAUCAUUAGAAUAUGAACAUUCGUAUUCAUAAUCAUCUUAAGGGUGGCAAUCAAUUAGGUGAUAAAAAAUGGUUAUUCCAUAAUUUUUCUGAAUAUUGUUCAGAGUAGAAUAUUGAUAUUUGGAAUUAUAUUCCAUUGACUUAUCAUAUUCAUGGACCAACAGAUCGAGAAUUCAUUAAUUUCUAAUAAACAUUUUAACAUCUGGCCUUAGACAAAGAUAUUAAAAAUAUAUGGAUUAUAAAACCAGGAGAAGAUAGUAAUAGAGGCAAUGGAAUUAAAGGUAUUCAUAUUAGAUUUAUAAUCUAAAGUCUCAAAUUAAAUGUCAGAAAUUGUCUAACACAUAUCUCAAUAAGGUCAUACGUUUAUACUUUAGAAAUAUAUAGAAAAUCCAUUUUUAUAUUAAAAGAGAAAGUUUGACAUAAGAGGAUAUUGUUUAAUCACUAUAAUGAAUGGCAUUAAAAGAGGUAUCCUAUGCUGAUAGAAAUAGUUUAUUAGUUUAUUGGUACAAAAAAGGUUAUUUGAGAACAUCAAGUAGUUUCUUUACUUUAGAAUCUUUAGACAAUCAAAAGAUACAUUUAACUAAUGAUGCCAUAUAAAAUAAAUUAAAUGGUUAUGGAAAAUUUGAAAAAGGAAACAAAGUCUCUUAUGAUUAAUUCUAAGCUUAUUUAAUAGAACAUAACAAGUAAAAUAAUACUUCAUAUAGUUUCGAUGAAUUAUAUGCUGAUAUGAAGGUAUUAAAUAAUUAAUAUAUAUAUAUAUUAGGCUCUUACUAAAUUGGCCACACAAUCAGCUAUUGAUAAAAUCACAAAUGAUGAUUAAAUUUUAGGAUUUGAAUUGUAUGGAUUAGAUUUUAUGAUUUCAAACAGUUUCAAGCCUAUGCUUAUAGAAUUUAAUACUAAUCCUUGUAUAGAGACUGGAUGUCCUGUACUGACUAAAAUAAUUACAGGACUUUUAGAAAACCUUAUGAGAUUCAUCAUUGAUCCUUUAUUUCCAGCUAAAAGAAUGGGAAAUGAUGAUUUUAUGAAUAAAAAUGAUUUUGAAUUGUUAUUAUCAUGUUGA